AUGGCCCAGCCAUUGACCAUUCGCAACCUCACUUCAACUCCACUGGAGUUGAAAACCAUUGAGCGCUUCCCCCCGCAAGAGAAGCGCAAGGAAGAUGGAAUCCAGGCCUUUGGGACAAUGGCCAAAAACUUCACGCGCAUGGUGACCGACGCCGCGACAAAUGUGACUCGUGCAUCUAACACUGCUCAACCACUUCCUCCGGAUGCGCAACCAUUUGCUCACCAGGAUGUUAGUAUUCGCAUUGAUCCAUUCGGUACCAACAGGACAGACGUCAAAACAUUCGAGAAUGAUGAUAAGGAGCGCCUACGUCUGACCUUCGAGGUUGACGACAACCCCCGUCAUCGAUUCACAGGCGUCUAUGUCACACAGGAGGGUUGUCUUGCUAUCUUCUCUUCAGCACAACUCAAUGCAUGGAUGCGCGAACUACGGGAUGAUACCAUGCUUUCCUCCCUGUCGAUUCCCGGCACGCAUAACUCCCCUACCUGCCAUGUUGCGCCUCCCUCAGUGCGUUGUCAGGCAGCCAGUCCAAAGGAGCAGCUAGAGAACGGUGUGCGGUUUUUCGAUAUCCGGGUGCAACCUCAGUAUCCCGAAGAUCCUUCCAGAGACGAGUUGAUCCUCGUCCAUAGCGCCUUUCCUAUCUCUCUCACUGGAAACAAGUAUUUCAGGGACCUCUUCAAUGUUGUGAAUGAGUUUCUCGAUCGCAACCCUUCCGAGACUCUUAUUAUCUCUCUGAAGAGAGAGGGCACUGGCAAGGCCACGGAUGAGCAACUCAGUCGCAUUAUCCGCGAUCACUACGCAACCCCUGAAAGCCGGUGGUACACUGACCCGAGGAUGCCAACCCUAGGUGAAGUCCGAGGCAAAGUCGUCCUUGUGAGACGCUACAAUAUCGACGAGCCACAGAAGGAGGAACAUGAAGGAAGAGGUUUCGGCAUCGACGGUAGCGGUUGGGCCGACAACACCCCGAAUGCAACCUGUCCGGGCGGAGAACUCUGCAUCCAGGAUUUCUACGAAGUCCUAGAGACUCAAAACAUCGACAAGAAGAUCCAAUACGUCAAUGAGCACAUCGCCCGAGCAGGUGCGGCUCGUUACCCGUUUGGUCGUGGCGACCCGAAUCAAAAGUAUCCGUUCUUCGUCAAUUUCUUGAGUGCGAGCAAUUUCUGGAAAACUCAGACAUGGCCUGAGAAGAUCGCUGCUAAGCUCAAUCCGGCUACUGUCAAGUAUCUCUGCUUGAACCAUUGCGAUCAUCCCGACGGAGACUGGGGAACCGGUACUCUGGUGACUGACUGGGUUGGGUUGGAUGGUGAUUGGGAUCUUGUGAGGUGCAUUGUGGGUAUGAAUGCGAAACUGAAGUUAAGGGAGAACUGA